AUGAGGGCUGUGCUCUGGGACCUGCUGCUGCUCUGCCUCUUCGCCCGGGCACGGGGCGACUGCCGCGGGGACUGUCUGCGCUGCGACCGCCACCUCUACCGGGACAGCUUCGACGUCCUCGUCUGCAUCCUGGAGUGCGAAGGCGAAGCCGUGCCGCGGGCCACCUGGGAGCUGUGUGCCGCCGCAGCGGGGGUGCAGAAGCGGUACGGGGGCUUCAUCGGGGUCCGCAAGUCGGCGAGGAAGUGGAACAACCAGAAGAGGUUUAGCGAGUUCCUGAAGCAGUACCUGGGCAUGUCGCCCCGCUCCAGUGAGUACGACAUUGCCGGCGGCAUCAGCGAGCACAACGAGAUCUAA